AUGACCCGUCUCGAAAACAAAGUCGCCAUCGUCACCGGCUCCUCUUCAGGCAUCGGCCGCGCUAUUGCCCUGCGAUAUGCUCGUGAAGGUGCCAAAGUCGUCUGCGCCGAUCUGACGCUCCAUCCGUAUUCAGAUGCCACCCCGACUCAUGAAGCCAUCCGGCAGAUUGGCGGACAGGCCAUCUUCCAACAGACAGACGUCAGCAACACGGCUCAGAUGCAGAGUCUGGUGCAGACUGCUGUCAGCGCCUAUGGCCGUCUGGACAUUCUGGUCAACAAUGCUGCCAUGUUCAUGGGUGGCCACGAGCCAUCUGCCCUUCACGAAGCGGACGAAGAACUCUGGGAUGCCACGAUGCGCAUCAACUCCAAGUCCGUGUUCCUAGGCUGCAAAUACGCCCUGGCCCAGAUGCUGCAGCAAGACCCGCAUCCGUCAGGCGAUCGAGGAUGGAUCGUGAACAUCUCGUCUAUCGCGAGCUUGGUCGCCAUCGAGAACAUCGGGCCAUACUCCGCCUCCAAAGGAGCGGUGAGCAGUCUGACUAGACAAGCUGCGCUGGACUACGGGCCGCAUAGGAUCCAUAUCAACGCCAUUUGUCCCGGCUUUGUCCGAACUCCCCUCAUGCUCACGGCAGCUACGGACCCGGCCUCGGCGGAGGAAUACAAUCGACGGCACCCGUUUGGCGGUCUUGGAGAGGCUGAGUAUAUUGCUUCGAUGGCUGUUGUGCUGGCGAGCGAUGAUGCGCGCUGGACGACUGGUGUUGUCCUGCCGGUGGACGGAGGAUAUACUGUGCGGUAG